AUGAGGUUGUCCAGCGUCCCGAUUGCCUUCGCCACCUGUCUCGGCGCCGCUGAAGGCGCCAUCCUGGAUAAGCGCAACGCUACCGAAUGCUCGGAAGCUCUACAGUCAAUGUCAUUCUACGACCGCCCCUUCGUCUUCCCUCUCUUCUAUUCCUGUACGACAAUCCUAGGGGAUUCAAUCGAGGCCAAGGAAAACCCCUGGGUUCACAAGGAAUGUGUCGCUGCUGCCGUUGCCGCUAGCAUACCGAUGCUUCAUGACGGGCUCUCCUGCCUCAUUGGUACCACGGAUGCCGUUGCCCUCCCAGCCGCCUCGGCAUGGCCUAGCUUGGACUACAACGUGUACGCGUCCAUCAUCGGCAGCUGCGCCUGGGACGAGGGAGGUUGCCCCAUUACGAAGCAGAACUUCAUCGACCUCAUCUACAGCACCAUAUCCCAGGAAGAUGGUCCUUACCCAAAGUCGGCUACCAUACUCAUUGACCGCUACCUCAAGCCAAUCUUCAGCUGGACCGGCUUCGAUCUGGAGGAUGGCAUCCCCUAUCUUAAUUUUAAUGACUAUCUUCAUUACGCACCCUACAUCAAUCAUUGCGAUACUGCGAUUCAGUGCGACACGUGA